AUGGCCAAAACUAAUAAUGUUAAAGAAGAAGGUGGUCAUGACCCAGAUCAAACACUAAUUGGGGAAUUUCAAGGAGAUUUUGAAACAAAGAAGCAGCACCAGAAGUAUAAGUAUGAAAAUUUAGCUUGUAAGUACUCCCAUGACAUCAUCAAUGCUGAGAACAAAAAAGUUCUGAAGACUCAUGAGCUGUCUGGCCUCGAAGAAAAUGAGCUGCAAAUCCUGCUUCUCCAGAAUGACCCUUUCUUCCUCCCUGAUGUCUGUCCGUAUUACAACAGAAAGGAUAGUGUCUGCCACCAGCAAAGCAACUGCAACAAGCUUCAUAUUUGUGGACACUUCCUCCAGGGGCAAUGUAGAUUUCUCACAUGCAAGAGGUCCCAUAACCUCUUGGAUAGCCAUGCCUUGAGACUUUUGGACACUGAAGGCAUUAGCAUGAACAUAGCUUCAAACAUCCAGACUAUAUGUAGUCACAAACAUGUGGCAUUCAACAACGAUCUGAGGAAGGAGAAAAGUCCUGGUAGUGAUGUACCCAAUCAGAGCCAACACCAGUUGCCAGCAGGAGCCGGAGGUGGUGAAGACAAAGAUAAAAAAGAUGAUUCCUCUGCAAAAGCUUCAGAGGAAACCAAAGAAGAAAACUGUGUUGAGAUAUGUAUGUACAACAUCUGGAAGUACUGCAAAAACAAUGAUAAAUGCAGUUUUAUUCAUUACCAUUUGCCAUACCGAUGGCAGGUAUAUAAUGGGAUCACCUGGAAUGACCUUGCCAUGAUGGAGGACAUUGAGAAGGCCUAUUGUGACCCAAAAAACACCAGCAUGGCAGAUAGGAACAUUAAUUUCCAGGCAAUGACUGCUGGUGGUUCAUUGCUUCGGCGGCUCUCUACAGCAUCAUCAGUCACAAAACCCACAUUUAUACUGACCACAAAGUGGAUUUGGUAUUGGAGGAAUGACCAAGGCCAGUGGAUUGAAUACGGAGAACAGGGAGAAGGGGACAGUGUGAACUCACCAUCUUCUGAUGUUAUUGAGGAUUUGUAUCUAGCAGAUCCAGCUGCCACCAUACCUUUCAAGGCUGGCUUGUUCAAUUACCAGCUGAAUUUUAAAGAUAUGAUCCAGACAAACGACUCUUUUAAAACUCAAAGACUGGUCCGCAGGCGACCAAAGUUUGUGUCUUCUGAAGAUGUGCAGAAGAUAAAGAAAGGCGUGAGGGAUUCUUCCAUUCCAAACAAAACCUGCCCUGUCCACUGGGAUCCAUCUGCACAGCCUGACUUGGGCUACAAGGCAGUGAUGAUCAGUAAUACAACAUCUGAAUACAACAAUAUAAAGCAGCUGUUUCUUCAGACUAUGAGAAGCUACAAUGUUCUUAAAAUACAGAGGAUUCAGAAUCCAUCCCUCUGGAAAGUGUUUCAGUGGCAAAAGGAGCAGAUGAAAAAGCAAAAUGGAGGGAAGGAAGUAACUGAAAGGCUCCUGUUCUUUGGAACCAACAUUGCCUUCAUAGAAACCAUCUGCAUUCACAAUUUUGACUGGAGAAUUUGUGGAAGCAAUGGAGCUAAUUAUGGAACUGGAAGUUACUUUGCUAGAGAUGCUUCCUACUCCCAUGUAUACUGCCAGCCUGCAGGGAAAACAAACACCAUGUUCGUGGCUCGUGUGUUGGUUGGAGAGUACGUUAAAGGCAACGCAGCCUACGUUCGCCCCCCGAUGAAGUCUGGUGACAAGCAUCAGUUUUAUGACAGCUGUGUGGACAAUGAGUUUAGUCCCUCUGUUUUUGUUGUCUUUGAAAAAAAUCAGAUUUACCCAGAGUAUACAAUAGAGUGUUCUUACACCUGGUGA